AUGCGCCAUACUCACAAAACCUUCGGAGAGGGAUUCCCAUUGUAUCACUCAGCAAAUAUUCUCUCAGUCAAGAUUGUUGCUUCUGACUAUGGCUACCCACUUGAUAUCUAUGGCACGGACAAUUCGUUGAUUUUGACUGGUCCAAAGAGAGGACUUGCGCUCUGCGGUUCGCUGUUUUUUGAAAUCAAUCUGAAGGUUAAGGAUGUGCAUGGGAGGGAGGUCAAGGAUGAAAGACUCAGCAAAGGCAUGCUGGAUAUUAAUGGCAUCACAAGACAGACAUCAAAUUUCGAAUAUGGGGUCGAAACAGACACGCUUGUCAGCAUGCACAGCACACUGGAGAUGAACUUUGCAUUUGUUAGGGACGCGGUGGAGGGCACUGUCGGGAUCAGGAUCCUUGAGGGGCAUGUUGAUUUCCAUGGUAAGAUCAUUGCUACCACCACUAGAGUUCUAUGUGAAAUUGUGUUACAUGAUAGCAGAGCGAAUGGCUUGCUUACUGCCGGCAACAAUCAAGUCAUGCAAACAGCGUGCCGCGUGGUAUGUGUAUCUGUAGGUGAGAUGCUCCUGGUGACUGUUGCUCCUGAAGGUGGCGAUGAGCUCUCUCACCACACUGUUAGGUUUGCUUCAAAGCUCAACGGUUGUGCCGCCGAGAACAUGGUGUGUGGUAACUAUAAGAUGCAAGUGAAGGUCACUUGGUCGAUUGUGAUGUAA